UCAUUUCAGUCCUGGAGAAUACAAUAACGCACCUCCUCUGGACUCUGUCACAGUUUGAGCAGGGCUCACAAGAGGUUUUUCUAAUCCUUACCGCUCUAAGAAAAAAAAAAAAACUGCUGACAACAGGAAACAUGGAAGACUUCUACACCAGUGAUGAUACAGACAUCAGUUUCAACGAUUCUUAUGAAUACGACUAUGAACACAGCGUCUGUGAGAAAGAAUCGGUGCGUUCUUUUGGCAGCGUCUUCCUCCCAAUCAUCUACGCCCUGGCUCUGGUGGUAGGCCUGGCUGGGAAUGCCUUGGUGGUGGUGGUCUACACGUCCAAGUUGAGACUCCGGACCUUGACCGACAUGUGCAUCCUCAACUUGGCCAUCUCAGACCUGCUGCUGCUCUUCACCCUGCCGUUCUGGGCCGCCGACGCCGUCCAUGGCUGGAAGCUGGGCGUGGCUGGCUGCAAACUCAACUCCUUCCUCUAUAGCACCAACUUCAGUUGUGGCAUGCUACUGCUGGCAUGCAUCAGUGUGGAUCGCUAUCGGGCGGUGGCCCAAAACUCAGCAGGCAGAACUGGGACGGGUACCCGAGUCAGGAGGCAGUGGAUUCUGGUGUGUGCGGCACUGUGGGCUUUAGCCAGCUUUUUUGGCCUUCCUGAACUCAUCUUCUCCACGGUGAAGACUUCCCAUCACAGGACCAGCUGCACAGCCGUCUACCCAACCAAUAUGGCCCAACCUGCGAAAGCUGCCCUGGAGCUGCUGGAGGUCAUCCUCCGCUUUCUUGUUCCCUUCCUGGUCAUGGUGGCAUGCUACUCAUGCAUAGGCCGGGCGCUAACUAAAGCUGCUGGGGUGCGCAGAGAACGGAAAUGGCGCACACUUCGGGUCCUCCUUGCUGUCGUGGCCGUGUUCCUGCUCACCCAGCUGCCCUACAACGUAGUAAAGCUAUGUCGAGCGAUGGACAUCAUCUACCAUCUGAUCACGGACUGCGAAAUGAGCAAGCGCUUGGACCACGCUCGGCAGGUGACAGAGAGCCUGGCGCUCACCCACGCCUGCAUCAAUCCCGUCCUCUAUGCCUUCAUCGGCUCUUCCUUCAGAGGUCAUGUCCUGAAGGCUGCCAAGCACCUUGGACAGAGACUUGGAAGACACUCAAGGCAAGUCAAUGAGGAGCCAGCGGUGGAGAUCGCACUCCACUCAGCGAGCCAGAACCAGUCUCAGUCUGGUUCGGAGGACCAGGACACCAGCACAUUCACUAUCUGAGACUUUAGCAUGUACAGUGUUAGACAUCUUUACUGGUAUUCUUGGUAAAUAUGUGUUAAAAGCCUAAAAUUAAAUUCAUUUUUAUUGCAGUAGCAUAUUUUCAAACUAAAAGAAGUUGAGUAAAAAAAUCUCUUGCUAAGAAAUAUUUAUGGAACAAUAAUUGAUAACCCGUAAACUAUUUGCACUAACUAUCAUAGCCCAAAAACAGGACUCAUACUAUGACAUUUUCACAGAGGUAGUACACAAUUCUAAUUAAAGCAAAGUUGUCCAAACUACACAUUUACCAUUUUAAUGGUAGGUUAUUGAGACUUAAUGGAUGACUGUAAUUUAAUUGAACUAAAAGAUCAAUUUUUCUUAUAAAACUUAACAUGUUUAAGAUCAUUAGGACUUAAUUUUAGUUUUAUUUUUUUAUUUUUUGGCAUGCAACAAGUGCUCUCGCACAUAAUGUGAGGGUUGGGAAUGAAAUACUCUAAUUUCAAAAAUUAAUUGGUUUUACAUUUUUAUAACAAUUAUUUUUUAUCCAAAUUAUUUAAAUAUAAAAAGUUAAACAACCUGAAUUAACAUACUUUUUAUUCAAUAACCUUCAGUCACAAACACUGACGUAUUUAUUUACAGAUAAGCAAAUCACUUAGAAUAAUGUGUGUCGCCCUGGGGCACAUCAAUAAGAGGCAGGAGGAAACUGGAAUCUAACCCACAAUUUUCUGAUUGUAAGGCAGUACAUUAACUACUGAGUCACUCUCAAGACAUUGCUAAUGACUUCUUCAAGACUAAUAUUAUCAUAUUAAAGUGUUUUCAAAGUCUUGCAGAAACCCUCUUCUUAAUUUUACAGUAUGUGAUUUUCCUACUGUAAUAAAAGUGGAAUUUGUAGAAGGCUUUUUGCAGAUAUUUACCACAGGCACACCUAAAAUUCUCUGAUACUAUAUGCCUAUUUACUUGAUAUAUAUAUUUACAUGCAUUAGUCGUCAUACAAGCUAGACAGGAGUAGCCGCACAUAACUUAACGGCUAAAAAGAUAUGUAAUAUAACGUUAUAUGCAUUAAGCUAAGUGUUUUGUAAAAAAUAUGUAUUUUCUUAAAUAAAAGAACAAAGCCUUCAGCGA